CAAUGAUAUAUACGCUGUUAUUUUUUUACUUUUGUAUUUAAUUUUUGUAGCUGGAUAAUUGUAAAUGUUAGAAAUUUGAUGUUAUAUAGUUUUAUAGAAGCUGAAAAUUAAGAUCUAUAAAUUAUUAUUAUAGAAUUAUAUUUCUUGUUUUAACAAACAUUUACUAACUUUCAUUUAGAUUAAAUUGAUAAAAAUAUGGACAGGUUAACCACGGCACAGUUUCUCUACACAUCCAGUGCAAAGGCGUCACUUUUCGAUAUCGUGUCUGAGGAGUCGUUAAAGUCAUCGCUUAAACCCGCUUGGGAAUACUUUUGUAAAGUACUGCGUACAAAGUGGCCACAAGUCACGUCAAAAGUGCUUAGGUAUCCUGAUGAAUUAUUUUACGUGUUCCUUUUUGUGCUUGAAGAAUACAACUUGCGCAAAAAGUCGGCCUCCAUCACGGAGAGUUUUUACGAGUUGACAAGAGAAAGUACGGCAGCUAAAUCAUCGGUGUGGUUGAGAAAAGCAAAAUGGAUAUCAUUAGCCGCCAUUGUGUUGCUACCAUAUUUAACAGGGAAGUUAGAUAAAUUUUAUGAACGCGUGAAAGCGCGAAUUUUAGCCAGUGAAAACGAUGUGACGUCAUUGGAGAUAUGGAUUUACAACGUAUAUCCUAUCCUAUUGACUGGUGCAAAGUGGAUACGCAUUGUAAAUUACAUUUUAUAUUUAUUCAAUUUCACGAGUUACGCCUCUCCUCUGCUUUACUUCACUCGCAUCCAAUUAAAAUACGCUAAAUCGAACAAUCCACCAAUCGAUGACAAGGAGAACAAAAGUUAUCGGCUGGUUAAUUAUUUAACAGACAGUAUGGCUUCCAUCGCCUCCAGAAUGACUCCGCUUCUCUUCUACUCGUUACAAUUUGUAGAUGCCUUCUAUCAACAAGAUACUUCACUUCAAUCGUCCGCACUGUCUGUAACUGAACCUCCCAGUAUGCCCAAGGUUUUGUCAACAGACAGCAAGCUUCCUCCAUCGAAACAACAAUGUCCUCUCUGUCGAUGUCUUCACGUCAACCCAACCACAACUUCAGUAUCUGGUUUUGUUUUCUGCUAUGCUUGUAUACACAAGUACAUCGACAAGUUUGGCUGUUGUCCAAUCACUUAUCGCUCAUGUGACGUCACAGAUUUAAUACAGCUACAUCCGUGAUACAGAGAGUGAUUGGUGUUCCUUAGAAGAGAGAUAUUUCUCUGUAGCUGAAUCCCAGAAAAGAUCGUUCGUUCCAUAUGAAACUGGUGUAAAACGAUAUGCUCGCUCGAGAUAGUUCGCUCUACCAGGGAGUUUGAUCAUGUACAAUUUUAUAAAGUGGAUUACUUUUAGAUGUUAUGUCUUAAUGAACUUAAACGAACUAUUGCACGAAACAAAAGAACACACAUUUUCACAUUUUGCGUGAAUAUAUUCAACGAAACAAAUUUUAUUUUACAAUA